GGGGAGGGACGGGCGCGCGGCGGGGCGGGAUGGCCGCUCGAGGGGCGCUCGGCCGCCGCUUUCCCCCGGAGUCGCCUGCGCUCCCGCGGCCGCCGCGAAGGCUGCUCUGAGCCCGGCUCCCCGCUCCCCCGCGCGGCCGGCAGCGGCGCCGGAAUGUCGUCCAGCACCAUGAAGUUCAACGGCUACGUGAGGGUCCGCAUCGGCGAGGCCGUGGGGCUGCAGCCCACCCGCUGGUCCCUGCGCCACUCGCUCUUCAAGAAGGGCCACCAGCUGCUGGACCCCUACCUGACGGUGAGCGUGGACCAGGUGCGCGUGGGCCAGACGAGCACCAAGCAGAAGACCAACAAGCCCACGUACAACGAGGAGUUCUGCGCCAACGUGACCGACGGCGGCCACCUGGAGCUGGCCGUGUUCCACGAGACGCCCCUCGGCUACGACCACUUCGUGGCUAACUGCACCCUGCAGUUCCAGGAGCUGCUGCGCACGGCCAGCACUUCGGACACCUUCGAGGGCUGGGUGGAUCUGGAACCAGAGGGGAAGGUAUUUGUGGUAAUCACUCUAACAGGGAGUUUCGCUGAAGCCACUCACCAUAGAGACCGAAUCUUCAAGCAUUUUACCAGGAAGCGCCAACGGGCUAUGCGAAGGCGAGUCCACCAGAUCAACGGACACAAGUUUAUGGCCACGUACCUGAGGCAGCCCACCUACUGCUCCCACUGCAGGGAGUUUAUCUGGGGAGUAUUUGGGAAACAGGGUUAUCAAUGCCAAGUGUGCACCUGUGUCGUCCAUAAACGCUGCCAUCAUCUAAUUGUUACAGCUUGUACUUGCCAAAACAAUAUUAACAAGGUGGAUUCAAAGUUGGCUGAACAGAGGUUUGGAAUCAAUAUCCCACACAAGUUCAGCAUCCACAACUAUAAAGUUCCAACCUUCUGCGAUCACUGCGGCUCCCUGCUCUGGGGGAUCAUGCGACAAGGACUUCAGUGUACAAUUUGUAGAAUGAACGUACAUAUUCGCUGUCAAGCCAACGUGGCCCCUAACUGUGGGGUGAAUGCGGUGGAGCUGGCCAAGACCCUGGCAAGGAUGGGCAUCCAGCCUAGAGAUAUUUCUCCGACCUCAAAACUUGUUUCCAGAUACACCCUAAGACGACAAGGAAAAGAGGGCAGCAAAGAAGGAAAUGGGGUCGGGAUGAAUUCUUCCAACAGACUUGGCAUCAAUGACUUUGAGUUCAUCCGAGUGUUAGGGAAAGGGAGUUUCGGGAAGGUGAUGCUCGCAAGGAUAAAAGAAACAGGCGAACUCUAUGCUGUGAAGGUGCUGAAGAAGGACGUGAUCCUGCAGGAUGACGACGUGGAAUGCACCAUGACGGAGAAGAGGAUCCUGGCCUUGGCCCGCAGUCACCCCUUCCUCACCCAGUUGUUCUGCUGCUUUCAGACCCCGGACCGCCUGUUUUUUGUGAUGGAGUUUGUGAAUGGAGGCGAUCUGAUGUUCCACAUCCAGAAGUCCCGCCGUUUCGAUGAAGCCCGAGCACGUUUCUACGCUGCAGAGAUUGUCUCGGCGCUCAUGUUCCUCCACGAGAAGGGUAUCAUCUACCGGGAUCUGAAACUGGACAACGUGCUGUUGGACCACGAAGGUCACUGUAAACUAGCUGACUUUGGAAUGUGCAAGGAGGGGAUUUGUAAUGGAGUCACCACGGCCACAUUCUGUGGCACCCCUGACUACAUUGCUCCAGAGAUCCUCCAGGAAAUGCUGUACGGACCUGCGGUGGAUUGGUGGGCCAUGGGUGUCCUUCUCUAUGAGAUGCUGUGUGGGCACGCGCCGUUUGAGGCUGAGAAUGAAGAUGACCUCUUUGAGGCCAUACUGAAUGAUGAAGUCGUCUACCCCACCUGGCUCCAUGAAGAUGCCACAGGGAUCCUCAAAUCUUUCAUGACCAAGAAUCCCACCCUGCGCCUGGGCAGCCUGACACAGGGAGGUGAGCACGCCAUCUUGCAACAUCCUUUCUUUAAGGAAAUUGACUGGGCCCAACUGAACAAUCGUCAGCUAGAACCACCUUUCCGACCCAGAAUUAAAUCCCGAGAAGAUGUCAGUAAUUUUGACCCUGACUUCAUAAAAGAAGAGCCAGUUUUAACUCCAAUUGAUGAGGGACAUCUUCCUAUGAUCAACCAGGAUGAGUUUAGAAACUUUUCCUAUGUGUCUCCUGAAUUGCAGCCUUAGUCUGGUGGGGAAAGACAGAUGGUAGGAGGACCCAAAGGGAAUGAAGACUUCCAGGAAUUUUCUUUGUGAGGACUUCUCAGCCUCCGCCUUAGUACAUAACCUCACCUUCAGGGAGCCUUGUGAAGGAUGGAAGUCCAAGAGAUCGACUGUCUCAAGUCCAGAGAAAGCCAUGGCACUGGAAAGAGUUGACCUAGAAAUGAGAUUUUAUAAAGACAUCACUGCUUACUCUGUGAGUGUCCGUGGCUACUUCCGGCUUGGGAUAUUAACAAGAACCAAAAGGAGAGAACGUGAAGAAUAAAGUAGGUUCUACUCCUGAGGGAAACUGUCUUUUUACUUUGAGACAGAAAUCACAACUUUCUGUGAAUCGCUCGGUGCCCUUGGUUAAGCCACUGAAGCACAGUGCAGUCUGCAAGCAGACUCUAAAUGCUAAUCAAGAAUUUAAAUGUCUUUUCAAGGAAAUGAGAGGUUCCUUUCGAAAUUGAAUGAUUGACUUCAUUUUUACUCUAAAGAAGCAAAAACUGUUAUCCUUCCAACUCCCAACUCAAAGCCCCAUGUGGGAAACAGAUGUUGGCACCCAGACAGCUGCUGCAGCAGGUCCUCUGGCCCUGACUUUCCUGGGAGAGAUAUUUGUUGAGCAUCCAGUGACAAGGUGCCCCCAUCCACAGUAGCAUAAACAGCAGCUCUGCCUUUGAAGCUUCCAUUCUCCCUGGGUCUUUGAAUUUACCUGAAUAGUGUUUGCAUUCUGUGGAAUGCCUCUCCACGUCACCUGUGCCGCACAUCUUCGUCUGUGCAGACCUCUCUUUCUUGCAGAAGGAUCGCUGCCAGCCCCCUGGGCUCAGCAGCAGGUGAGCUUGAGCGGUGUGUUGCCUACUGCUCUGUGGAUCCCAACCGCGUCCACAUCACCCUGAACUCAUGGCUGAAGACACGCACGCUGUUUAUUUAAUUUAUGUUGUCAGACAGAAGGAAAUUUGUUUAAAUGUAUACUUUAAUGGUUAGAAAUGGAUCCUGUAAACAGGGCAUAUAGCAAGAACAGACCUUCUCAUGUACAACCAAAUAUGACUGGAGAAUUUUAUGUGGCUGGAAAUAAAUACAUUUUGUAGCAAAAAGAAA